UUGACAAUGAGAGGACCGAUAAUCAAGGAGAGUGCAAGGCAGGAGAGGAGAGAGGAGAAGACAGAGAGGAGAAGAGAGGAGAGGAGACGCAAGGAGAGGAGAAGAGAGGAGAGGAGAAGAGAGGAGAGGAGAAGCGAGAAGAGGAGAAGAGAGGAGAGGAGAAGAGAGGAGAGGAGAAAAGAGGAGAGGAGAAGGGAGGAGAGGAGAGACGAGAGGAGAAGAGAGGAGAGGAGAAGAGAGGAGAGGAGAAGUGAGGAGAGGAGAAGAGAGGAGAGGAGAAGCGAGGAGAGGAGAAGAGAGGAGUGGAGAAGAGAGGAGAGGAGAAGACAGGAGAGGAGAAGAGAGGAGAGGAGAAGAGAGGAGAGGAGAAGAGAGGAGAGGAGAAGCGAUGAGAGGAGACGAAGCGUGCAAGGGCAUGAUCUCGCAUUCAUGGCAUGAUGUUACGGCAGGUGGGAUGGCAGAGAA